AUGACCAUCGCCAUCACCGACGUGCACCCCAACUUUAAGCUGCAGGACAAGGAGCUCUUGUGCCAGACGGGUUGGAUCAACGGCGAGCCCGCCAAGGCGACUAGUGGCGAGGACCCCUUCCCUGUAUAUGACCCGGCCAAUGACUCAGUGUGGGCUUAUCAGGAGUCGAUGGGCGUCGACGAGACAAAGGCAGCCAUUGCAGCCGCUGAUGCGGCCUUUCCCGCCUGGUCCAAGACGCCACCCCGUGUUCGGGCCCGCUUGCUCUUGUCGCUGGACACUCAAAUCCGUGCAGCCCGAGAGGACCUGGCAAUCUUAAUUGUGAUGGAGACCGGCAAAGCCCUGGUGGAAGCAUACGCUGAAGUCGACUAUGCCGCUCAAUACUCUUGGCUCAUGGCCGGCGAGUGCGAGCGGAUCGCUGGGGAAGUGAUCAAGAAUGGAGACAAUGCGGGUCUUCGCUACAUCAUAACCCACCAAGCGAUUGGUCCUGUUGGUCUUCUCUGCCCGUGGAACUUUCCGGUGGUGAUUGCCCUUCGCAAGAUCACCACGGCUCUCGCGGCAGGCUGCACCGUUGUGGUGAAACCCUCUCCCGAGACGCCAGUCACCACGUCGUCCCUGGCAAUCCUUUGCAAGCGUGCUGGUAUCCCGGACGGCGUUGUCAAUGUCGUGACUGCCAGCACACAGUCCACUCCCGUGGUGGGCCAGACCCUAUGCGAGGACCCCCGUAUCAAGAAGAUCUCGUUCACUGGUAGCACGCCGGUGGGCAAGCUGCUGAUGAAGCAAUCCUCGUCAACUCUAAAGAAGAUGACCCUGGAGCUUGGCGGCAAUGGGGCUUUCAUCGUUUUCGACGAUGCCGAUCUCGAGCGAGCCACUGACGCCCUCGUCGCCAACAAAUUCCGCGCUGCUGGUCAAGUGUGCAUGUGCGCCAAUCGUGUCAUGGUGCAUUCUUCGUUGGUGGACGAGUUUGCCGCGUUGAUGAAGACAAAGAUCGAACAACUCAAGUUUGGCCACGGAUUGGACAAGGGUAUCACCAACGGACCCUUGACUACUCUUCGUGGGGCCGAGCGGGCAGUCGAGCUCAUCGAAGACGCUGUAAAGAACGGCGGCAAGCUACUCCUCGGCGGCAAACGAUUUGGUUCUGGUUAUCACCUCGAGCCUACGCUUAUCGUUGGUGCUGCCCGUACCAGCAGAACUUUCUGCGAAGAGAUGUUCGCGCCUAUUUGUGCCAUCUACCCGUUUGAGACGGAGGAUGAGGUUAUUGAAGUUGUCAACGACACCAACAUGGGCCUGACAAACUACGUGUUUACAACCAACCUGUCAAGGGCAUUCCGAGUUACAGAUGCUCUUGAAUCCGGCACAGUGGCCGUCAACACACCAAUGGCUAAUGCGGCCGAGAGUCCGUUUGGUGGAACCAAGGAGAGUGGCUUUGGCAGCGAGGGCGGUAUUAAAUAUGGCGUCGAGGAGUUUUGUACUGUCAAGGCCAUGGCGUUGGCUCUGUAG